GUUUUCAACAAUACCAAAAUCUGUAUACGAAUACUGGUUGGUGUUUUACUGUUCCUUCAUCCAGGAAGGAAUUUGCAAGUUAACUGCCUGGGAUAAGAGUGGGGAAAAUACAUUAUGCUAGACGACUGGUUCAGUACUACCACAUGAACAUAAACAAUUAUUGGUCUACUUCCUCCUGAAUGGGUCAGUCUUUGUCAGCCCCUGUUCUUUCUAAGGAAACAAGGAGUUGGCAGAAUGAAAACUACAGUGUUGCAGUAUCCAGUAUGCAAGGAUGGCGUGUACAUAUGGAAGACUCCCAUAUGUGUUUACUAGAGCUUCCCAGUGAUCCAAAGGCUGCCUAUUUUUCAGUUUUUGAUGGGCAUGGUGGAACCAGAGUGGCUAAUCAUGCAAGCAUUCAUCUUCAUGAGAAGAUAGUAGAGCAAAGUGAAUAUGCACGAAACGAUAUAAAAGAGGCUAUUCGCAACGCCUUUUUGUGUUUGGAUGCAGAAAUGCAAUCUGAGAUGACCUCGUAUUCCGUGAAAUCGAUAGCCACAAAAUCGGAAACAGCUAGUGCAACAGCAUCCAAUUCAAAUAUAGCGAUCAAAAAUAAUGCCGCAGAAACACAGAACGAAGCUUCAACAAGCUUCUCUCUGAAAAUUCCGAAUCCAGGUGAUGAAUUGGCUGGAUCUACUGGUAUAAUCGUAUUAUUGAAAGAUCAAACACUAUAUUGUGGCAAUGCUGGAGAUAGUCGUGCUGUAUGCAGUAGACGUGGAGUAGCAGAGCCAUUGUCAACAGAUCAUAAACCCACUUUACGAGCUGAGAAAGAACGCAUUUCUGCUGCUGGUGGUUGGGUCGAUGCAAAACGUGUAAAUGGUAAUCUGGCACUUUCUCGAGCUUUUGGAGAUUUCGUUUUUAAACGCAAUCCACGUCAGUCCGCUGAAAAUCAGAUUGUAACAGCCAAUCCGGAUGUUUAUGUCCGAAGAAUUUCUGCCGAAGACGAUGAAUUCAUAGUACUAUGUUGUGAUGGGAUUUGGGAUGUAAUGACUAAUCAGGAGGUUAUAAGCUUUAUCAGAUUACGACUCAGUUAUGGAAUGGCUCCUUCUAAGGUAUGUGAAGAAUUAAUGAUGAGGUGUUUAGCACCUGACUGUCAUACAAAUGGUUUGGGUUGUGACAAUAUGACGGUUGUUUUGGUCUGCCUUCUUCAUGGUCGUCCACUUUCUGACUUACAACGUAGAUGCUCGAGACCAUGUCCAGCCGGUCCUGCAGCUGAUAUUCUAGGUGGCUAAAUAAAUUUGUGUUUGUUGUUGUGCAGUUCGUUAUUAUGGUUUUGACAUUGACUAUGUGCCAUGUCUACUGAUUACAAUUUGUUUUGCAGUGUGCUCUUACGGAUUUUCAGCCAAAUGAUCUUGCAUUUACUACACCUCAAAUUAAUUUAUAGUGAUAUUUGAUUACUCUGAAUUCAAACAAUAAAUGCUUUUAGAAAAGA